GUGUGUGUGUGUGAGUGAAGAGGGGAAGAAUGGAUGGAAUGCUCUGCUUGGACGGACUCUCUGGAAAUGCAGAGGAUCCUUGUUGCUGUGGUCAGGCUGCUCCUCGCUGCUGCCGCUGCGUCUGCCCGUGUCUCAGGGCAGCUGGCCCCCGAGGAUCCGCCCCAGAACCUGUCUGUGUGGAACAUCACGUCCAAGUCCUUCUCUGUCUCUUGGGAUCCACCGACCAUCAUCACCGGGCGCUUCAGCUAUGUCCUGGAGCUCCACGGCCCUGCUGGUUUCAUGUUUGAAAACAGCACCAUUGAUAUGAAGCUGUCAUACUCCGGUCUCACCCCCUAUACGAACUACAGGCUGGUUAUUCGAGCUAAAUCCGCUGGUGCUCUUGGACCAGAGGCGGUAACCACUGUUCUGACUCCAGCAGAGGCUCCCAGUGCCGUGAAUGACCUCACCACCACGGCAAUUGACUCCACAUCGGUGAAGCUGUCAUGGAGGAGUCCCAGCCAUCCCAAUGGACUAAUCACCCAGUACAAGAUUCUGGUUCUCAUCCAGGACACAGUGGUGCAGAACAUCACUCUCACUGGAAGGGAAAAUGUGGAGGGUAACAGGUUACUCAGGGCCAGAAGGGAUAUCAUCGAUCUUCUGCCACAAUCUCACGGAAGAUCAGUCAACUUCAACCCAACAACUUCGCUGCCUUUAUCCCAAGGCACAGCAUUUCCCCUGUCUACCACAAGUCGUUCUGACAAAGGCACCACCCAAACAGCCUCCACCCAAACGCCGACCCCCCUGGCGCUCACCCUCUCUCCCACGGCCUCACCUCCAGCCUGGCUAACAGCCACCAUUCCCUCCCGGGCAUCUGAUGGUCAUGUACAGGAUGUAUCCACCACCCCGACUGGCACUGCUCCUACGGGGACGAUGCAGGCUUUCACUGCUCCCAUUGGCUCUGACCCGACUCAGACCCGGCUCUCCACACGCUCCGCUACUCCAGGUGAUGUCACAGAAGUCAUGGUUCCCACCGUAGAAGUGAUCGACAUGUCCGCUGAUCCGAUCUCCUACGUGGUUCAAAACCUCAGUCCCUUUACAGAAUACACAUUCACCGUUUCUGCCUUCACUACUGUCGGGGAAGGACCUGUGGUGGAAAUUGUGGCGAAAACUAGGGAGCAGGUGCCAAGCUCUGUUCAAAGCAUCUCUUGCCAAAAUGUAAGCACCACCUCCAUCCUGGUGUCGUGGGAACCUCCUCUGUACCCAAACGGCAAGAUCACGCAUUAUACUGUCUAUGGGCUGGACCUGAGCAACCAAGAGUCUUUCAAGUGGGUUACCAAUGAGACCAGUAUCAUCCUUACAGAACUGAAGAAAUACACCCGAUAUAAGCUGCGAGUGGCGGCCUCUACAGCCGUGGGAGAGAGCUCCCUGUCUGAGGAGGACGACGUCUUUGCCGUCACCAUGGAAGACGAGCCUGAGUCACCCCCGGUGAACCUAGCUGUUUACAACACCACCUCUUCCACGGCCGUGGUCACAUGGUGGCCACCCGAGGCACCCAAUGGGAUAAUCACGCUCUACAAGAUCUUCUUUUGGAACUCCACGCUUGGCGCGGUGGUCAACAGCACAUCCCCAAACGUUACGCUUCGUGGUUUGAAACCCUUCUCUUUCUACAACGUGUCUGUCAGAGCUUACACCAAGUAUGGACAUGGAAAUCAAACAUCUGCUGUUUUGGAGAUCUUGACCGCUGAAGAUGUUCCUGGAAGCCCCCCCUUCAACCUUACCUACGAAAGCAUCAACUCCACUGAGGUGUUGGUCUCCUGGCAACCACCCCUGCUUGCCAACGGCAUCAUCUUGUUCUACACGGUGGAGUAUUGGAACUCUACCCACAACCUCAACCUCAGCACCCCCGGAACCGCGGUCCGCCUGUCCAAUCUCCGCAAGUUUGCCCGUUACCGCGUGAUGAUCCAGGCCAACACCCGGCUGGGCAGCGGGAACCAGACCAGUGAGAUCCUUAACAUCACCACGCUGGAGGAUGUUCCGGACGGGCCGAUCCACAAUCUCACGGCCCUGAACUUCUCCUCCACUGCCAUCAUCGUGAGCUGGGACCCCCCCGUCUCACCCAACGGGCGGGUCUUCUACCACCUGACCCUCAAGGAGGCACGCGACGCCUCGGGCAACCGGACGGACAAGACGACCAGCGACACGGUGUUCCUGUUCACCAAGCUGAAGAAGUACACUGACUACGUGCUGACUGUCACACCAGCCACCUCUGCUGGCCACUCGGAGAACAGCACCACCCUUCUCCACUUGAGGACCGACGAUGACAUUCCCUCAUCGCCACCAGUGAUGGUCUCCAGUAGAAACAUCACUUCCUCAUCCAUCCACCUAUCCUGGCUGCCCCCAGCAGAGCCCAACGGCAUCAUCACUGGGUAUUCAUUGGUGGUGCAAGGGCAAGAAGGCUCCACCUCCAGCAGCACCUCCAACAGCACCAUGACGCUCACUGGGCUGAUGCCCUUCUCUCCCUACAACGUGUCCCUCGCAGCGGUCACCCGCCGGGGCACGGGGCCCAUCCUCACUCUGCUUCUCCACACCGAUGAAACUGGCCCCGCCUCCCCGCCCAGGAACCUGAGUAUCCUGAACCACACGGCAGAUUCUGUGUGGCUGGCCUGGGAGCCCAGCCCUGACCCCAACGGCAUGGUCCAGUUCUAUGGCUUUAAGAUCAUGGAGCUCAACAGGCAUAUUUAUACAUACUGGAAUUCAUCUGGGCCAGCCACUCGAGCCCAUCUGACGGGAUUCCGACCUCACAGCACGUACCAGAUCAGCGUGUGCACCUUCACCAGGGUGGGGAACGGCGAUCAAUACAGCGGGCCCGUCACGUUUAAAACCAACGAGUCAGUGUCAGGUCCUGUCGGGAACCUCUCCUGUUCCGGCUUGAAGUGGGACUCCGUGCUCCUGCAGUGGGAGCUGCCAGUCGACCCUAAUGGAGAGAUCACUCACUACCGGAUCCAGUUCUCGGAGCAGGAGCAGGAGCUGAAUGCCUCCGUGAACCAUCACAGCAUCGGGGGCCUGCUGGCUGACUCCCAGCACACCUUCAGCGUGACGGCGGUCAACUCAGUCGGGCCUGGAGAACACGCGAUAUGCACUACCAGUACGCCACCUGAAAAAGUCCCAGGACCUCCAAGACUCCUAAAUGUAACUGAAGUCCAGGCAACCGAGGUGUCUCUAAGCUGGUUUCCUCCAGAGGAGGUUCUGGGGUACUUGAGGGAGUACCUCAUCGUGGUCCAGCUACUAUCCCAAAGCUGCCAGGAUUGGACCUCUCCUGGCUGCCUGGAGAGCCAGAACGAGGAGCACAUCAGCGGGACAAGAAGUAUCCUACAGUACACCCUCAAGUCCCUCUUCAAAUACAGGAGUUACAGGUUCAGGGUGUCGGCCUGCACCAACGCGGGCUACGGCAACGCCUCAGACUGGGUGUAUGCAAGGACCCUAGCGGGCGACCCUGAUGCCCCUCCCCGUGCCGUGUCUGUGUUGCCCGCCUCCAACAGCCUCAACAUCCAAUGGAAGGCCCCGGAGGUGCUGUCAGGCCCCACCUCCUAUCUCGUUGAUGUCGUCCCACUCGACGGCCUGGGCACCAACCUGACGGUGGUGCGAAGACCCGGGGAGAUUCGGGCGGUGGUAGUGUCCAACCUCACGGCCUUCACCCGCUAUGCUGUGACUGUGACGGCCUUCACAGGGGACGUGAGGGAUGCCAGAAUGAAUGGCAAAGCCAGUGAAGCGGUGCACGUCAGGACGCUAGAGAAUGAACCGAAAGAUCCUCCCAAAAACAUCACCCUGCACCUGAUUCCAGAGGAGGUGACCAGGGUCCGAGUGACAUUUUCUCCACCUGACGUUCCCAAUGGCAGAAUCAUCGGCUACAGUGCCAUGGUCUACACGGGAGACGAGCUGGCCUUCCAUAUCCAGCAGCUCCCGGUCCAUCAGUAUGAAAACGGGACCAUUGCUGCCAUCAUAGAUGGACUCAAGGGCGGCUACAGCUACCACAUUCAGAUUUCUGCCAUCAACAGGGCUGGCACAGGACCCAGUUCGGAGGUGAAAGUCACAACAGGAAUUCAGCCUCCUCCCAAGCCCAAUAAGAGACCCCUGCCUGCUCUGACCCCAAGUGGAGCUAUCAUGGUCACCACCAGAACCAUCACUAUCCAGAUGCCCAUUUGCUUCUUCUCUGAUGCCCACGGGCCCAUCCAGAAAGUGCAAGUCAUCGUCGCAGAAAAUGGAGUGAUGAAUGAGCACAACGUGACCAACUGGAAGAAUGCCUUCUACUACAAGCCUGCGCCGUACAUCACCGAUGAAGGCUUUCUGAACCCCAACUGCCAUGACAUCAUGAGCAGAAAUGCUGCACAGGAAGACACGUAUGUGAUUGGGAAGGAGGACGGCUGUGCCUCUCCUGAGAAGGACCAGGCCUUCUGCAACGGGCCUCUAAAGCCAAGGACACAUUAUGUGUUUAAAUUCCGCGCAACAAACAUGAAAGGACAAUAUACUGAUUCUGAAUACUCUGAUCGUAUAAAAACCUCAGAUGACCAGUUGCUGACUCGAGAUGAGGAGAUCAUCUUGGGAGUGCUCUUAUCCCUCCUCCUCGUCUUCUUCCUCAUAGUGAUCAUCUACGCUUUUGUAAGAAUCCACCAAAAGCAAAAGGAGGGUGGUACUUACUCCCCGCGGGACGCGGAGAUCAUUGACACCAAGCUGAAGCUGGACCAGCUGAUUGCAGUGGCGGACCUGGAGCUGAAGGAGGAGAAGCUGAACCGGUACUCCUCGUUUUUCUUCAGACGGAAGGAGAUAUUUGUCAUCCAGCUGCUCAGUUACAGAAAGCCUCUCAGACCCAUCAGCAAAAAGACCUUUCUGCAGCAUGUAGAGGACCUGUGCACCAAUGACAAUGCCAAGUUCCAGGAGGAAUUUGCGGAACUCCCCAAGGUUCUGCCGGACCUUGCGACUGCCGACGCCGAUCUGCCGUGGAACAGAUCCAAGAACCGCUUCACAAAUAUCAAGCCAUACAACAAUAACCGUGUGAAGUUGCUGUCAGAGCCCGGCAUUCCAGGGUCAGACUACAUCAACGCCAGCUUCGUCUCGGGCUAUUUGUGCCCCAACGAGUUCAUCGCCACGCAGGGCCCGCUGCCGGGCACGGUGGGCGACUUCUGGAGGAUGGUGUGGGAGACGCGUACCCGCACCAUAGCCAUGCUGACCCAGUGCUUUGAGAAGGGCAGGAUCCGCUGUCACCAGUACUGGCCCGAGGACAACAAGCCUGUCACCGUGUUCGGUGACAUCGUCAUCACCAAGCUAGCAGAGGAUGUGUUCCCAGACUGGACCGUGCGAGUCCUUAAAGUCGAGAGGCAUGGGGACUACAUGGUUGUGAACCACUUCAACUUCACAUCCUGGCCGGAGCACGGCGUGCCGGAAUCCAGCGCCACCCUAAUUCAGUUCGUGAAGUCCAUCCGCGCCAACAGAGGACGGGACAACUCCAAUAUUGUGGUGCACUGCAGUGCUGGAGUGGGCCGCACUGGUGUCUUCAUUGCCCUGGACCACCUGGUCCAACACGUGAGGGACCACGACUUUGUGGACGUGUACGGCCUAGUGGCGGAGCUGCGCAGUGAGCGCAUGUGCAUGGUGCAGAACCUGGCGCAGUACAUGUUCCUGCACCAGAGCACACUGGACCUCCUCUCAAGUAAAGGAAAUAGCCAGUCAAUCUGGUUUGUUAGCUAUUCAGCCCUGGAAAAGAUGGACUCUCUGGAUGCUAUGGAAGGUGAUGUUGAGCUUGAAUGGGAGGAAACCACGAUGUGAAGAUCUCAAUGAUAUGCAAUCAUCAUGUUUCAGCAUUCGCCUUGCAGAGGAGUUCAGAGACUCUGUAUCUUUUGAACGCUAAAGCCAAAUCCUUGUAAAUAGACAACUGUGGAAAAAGCUAUUUUCAGUGCUGUGGCUCUCACCAGAACACGAAGAACGACUUCCGCUUAGUCAGUAUCUGAAUAGUAAAUGUAUAUAAUGACCGCUUACAGUAUCUAUUUAAGCAAGCAAAGCUAUCUUGCACUGACAAAUCUCUCUUUAUAUGUGGUACUUCAGGUCGGGUUGCUGUUGCAUAUACCUGUGUGAGAUACAUGAAGCCAAAGCUGUAUUUUGACAGUAUGUUGUCGUUACGUACUAUUGAAUGUAUUUGGUGUGUGUGAUGUGUGUUUACGGUGGACAUCGAACAUUGGAGUGUUACUGCAAAGUA